CCCACUAGAAUUUCCGCCAUUCUCUCUCUCUCUCUCUCUCUUUCUCUCCUGGAGUUGAGAGUUUAGUCAGCUUUGAAGUUUGAACGCCAUGUCCGCCAUUGCCACAGCUGCAACUCUCUCUCUGCCCAUCUCUCUCUGUCCAUCCUCCAAACUCGGCAACAAGAAGGGAGGCAGCAGAACAGGGUUUAGGGUGUUUGCUAUAAUUGGGGAAGAGGGUGGGCUAUUAGACAAGAAAAAUGCAUGGGGCACACUCUUUGAUGUGGAAGAUCCAAGAUCUAAAGUCCCGCAGUGUAAAGGAAAAUUCUUAGAUGUGAAUCAAGCCCUAGAAGUGGCUAGAUAUGAUAUUCACUACUGCGAUUGGCGGGCUCGGCAAGAUCUACUCACAAUCAUGCUCCUUCACGAAAAGGUGGUGGAAGUGCUGAACCCUUUGGCCCGUGAUUACAAGUCCAUUGGUACCCUGAAGAAGGAUCUUGCAGAGCUGCAAGAAGAGCUUGCACAAGCACACAGACAGGUUCAUAUAUCUGAAGCAAGAGUUGCCACUGCUCUAGACAAGCUUGCUUACAUGGAAGCAUUGGUUAAUGAUAGAUUGUUACAAGACAGAACAACAACAGAAACUGAGGGAGCAUCCCCUUCUCCAAGUACUUCCACAGCAUCUCUGGUUACUGCUAAAAAUAAUCUUCCCAGGAAAAGCCUGAACGUGUCUGGUCCAAUCCAACCUUACAAUCCCCGUCUGAAAAACUUUUGGUACCCUGUUGCUUUCUCUAGUGACCUGAAGGAUGACACCAUGAUCCCAAUUGACUGCUUUGAGGAGCCCUGGGUAAUUUUUCGUGGAAAAGAUGGGAAACCUGGAUGUGUCCAGAAUACCUGUGCACAUAGAGCAUGCCCUCUUCACCUUGGAUCAGUGAAUGAGGGCCGCAUACAAUGUCCUUACCAUGGGUGGGAAUACUCAACAGAUGGAAAGUGUGAGAAAAUGCCAUCUACGAGAUUACUCAAUGUAAAGAUAAGAUCAUUGCCUUGCUAUGAGCAAGAGGGAAUGGUAUGGAUAUGGCCAGGCAGUGACCCUCCUACUGCCACGCUCCCUUCUUUACAACCUCCCUCGGGAUUUAAAAUACAUGCUGAGAUUAUCAUGGAACUGCCUGUGGAGCAUGGACUACUUCUUGACAACCUUUUGGAUCUUGCACAUGCGCCUUUCACUCACACUUCAACCUUUGCAAAGGGAUGGAGUGUUCCCAACCUGGUGAAAUUUCUUACACCUGCUUCUGGCCUCCAAGGAUAUUGGGACCCCUAUCCAAUAGAUAUGGAAUUUCGACCCCCUUGUAUGGUGUUGUCAACAAUAGGAAUCUCUAAGCCUGGGAAACUGGAGGGCCAGACCACCAAGCAGUGCUCUACUCAUCUUCACCAACUUCAUGUGUGCUUACCAUCAUCAAGACAGAAGACAAGGCUUUUAUACAGAAUGUCGCUGGAUUUUGCACCCGUGCUACAGCAUAUUCCAUUCAUGCAGUAUCUGUGGAGGCAUUUCGCUGAGAAGGUUCUGAACGAGGAUCUACGACUCGUUAUUGGCCAACAAGACCGAAUGCUGAAUGGAGCAAAUGUAUGGAACUUGCCAGUGACAUACGACAAACUAGGAGUACGGUACAGGUUAUGGAGAGACUCUGUGGAGCGAGGAGCCGAGAAAUUGCCCUUCACCAAACAAACAUAGAGGUUGCCCUACUAAGAAAUGAAUGUUGAGUUACAUGCCAAAUCUCCUCUCAAAGGCAUCAGUUGUUUUGCUCAAUUACAGAUGAUCUCAACAAUGCCCCAUUGGCCAUUGCUCAUUCCCAAAAUACCUAACCGCCCCGGAAACUGUAAUAUGAUGAUCAGAGGCAGAACAGAAGGGAAGAGAGAUGGUCUCUGCAUACAAAUGCUUGUGAGGAAUAACAGCUGUGCACUUAAUGUUUUACUGUUUUUGUGUACAGUUCCCCCCCCCCCCCCCCCCCCCCACCCACCCAAAUUUCUUGCAUUUAUUUUCUGUAUUUUUUUUGGGGUAAAUCCCCAAGGUUGAUAGGCAGUUUCUGGUCUUUCAUUUCGUGCCAGCACCAUGAAAUGUCUGGUUGUAUAAUAGCUGCUUCUUCUUUCUCGUAUUUGGAAUGAGAUCUCCCCAGACAAACUCUGCAAAUUUA